AUGGAGGAAAUGAAAGAGAAUAUGAGGAGGGCAAAUCUGAUAGAAGAUUUGGUCCACAGAACUGACUCCCCCUUUACGACUUCCAUCAACGGUCACCCUCUACCAUCAAAGUUCAAGUUGCCUUCUCUGGAUUCGUAUGAUGGAACACGCGAUCCGUUUGAUCACAUUGCCACCUUUAAGACCACCAUGCAUCUUCAAGGGGUUCUCGACGAAAUAAUAUGUAGAGCCUUCCCUACUACCCUUAAGGGCCCAGCACGAGUUUGGUUCAGCAAAAUACCCCUGAAUUCGGUAAGUUCUUUUGAACAGUUGAGCAAGUUGUUUGUUAAUAAUUUCAUUGGAGGACAAAGACACAAGCGUUCCUCGUCCAGCUUGUUGACCAUAGAGCAAGGAGAGAACGAGAGCCUACGGUUGUUCAUCACCCGUUUCAACAGAGAAGCCCUAAGUGUGGACGAGGUAGAUGAUAAGCUCCUAUUGGCGGCCUUCCACAAUAGGGUGAAUUCGGAUUUGUUUAUACAUAAACUCUAUGAAAAAGAGCCUCAAUCUAUGGCUGAACUCGUCCAUUCAGCUCAAAACUUUAUGAAUGCAGAAGAUGAGAUCAUUGCUAAGAAGAGGAAGAGAUCUGAGAGAGUAAAAGCAAACCCCAGUCGCCAUCCUAAGCAAGGCUCUCUUCCAAAGAAAGGAUGGACAGAAGAAAGGAAAGACCGAGAUAAUAAGAAGCCAGGCUCUUCAGCACGGAACCAGUAG